AGCAUGCUUGGCUGAACUCGCAUGUCUAAUUAAUGGAUCAUCCUCCAUGGUAGGGCUAUUUCCAGAAAGAAGUGCGUUUCAUUGCAACUCAAAUAUCAAGCACUAGUCCUAUGUACGCCCGCCUGAUUGGCAGAAAAUUCAGUUGUGUUUGAUUGCAGCUCAUUCUGGCAUAGCUCACUCUUUGUGAACAGCACUAUGAUUCACCGGCAAUUACAUUAAUUGCACGUGUUCUUAACCGGUUAAAGGAGAUAUAGACACAUGCGUCGGAUGACAAGUUUUAGCCAUUCUAACCACUGUAUGGACCUACAAAGAUAUGGACAUCCAUCGGUUAGUUAAAGAAUUGACUAAAAUUUGACUGUUAUUGUCAUAUCGCCUCCCGCCAAAUUACUGGAUUUAAACAAAGUCUGGAUAUGCAUUUCAAACUAGAAGCUAUUCUUAUUUAAAUCAAGCUAUAGAUAGCGACAGUUUCUCGCUUCAAAUAUGCUACUAUAUCAUAUUUAAUUACAAAGGCAUAUACUGCUCUACAGAAACACUUAUUUUUAAAAGUUAUGGUAAAGGAAGUCAAGGCAUCUUUUCCUCUAGGUGUCGAACAAUACCACGCAACAAUCGGACAUGUCAACAUCCAUUGACAUGGGGUUGGCAAGCAUGGCAACUGCCGAUGGAUCAGCCGUUGAGGGCGCCCAUAAACCUGAGAUGAAGAAGUCUUGCAAGCACGUUUUAUCAUCAUUGUUCCCACAAGCCGUAGGGGUUGCAGGAAUCAAAUUUAUAUUCAACGGCAAGGAAUUCAAGAUAAGGAGAUUGCUUUGGGGCAUCGCCCUCCUUGGAUGUCUAGCCGUGAUGUCAUAUCAAAUAGUAAAUAGAUGUGUAUAUUUCUCAAAGAACCCUGUUAACACACUCGUGGAGGUGAAAUAUGUUGAUCAACUAGCCUUCCCUUCAGUCGUCAUCUGCAACUACAACUCUUACAGGAAAUCUUACAUAGAAGAAAAUGAAGCUGACUUUGCUACAAUAUUGAAACAAUUCGCCAGUGACGUCAUGGGAAAUCUCGAUAUCAAUGAUACAUUGCAAGAGGGAAGCCUGAAAUACACCAAUCUAACAGAACUGAGGCUAGACUCUGCUCAUCAGCUCGACGCUAUUGUUAACGCACACUUCGACAAUGAGGAGCUUACACGAGAGAACUUUUCUCUGGCUAUCUUCGAGUUCGGUGUUUGCUAUACUUUUAACCUCGAUAAUAGUCAUCGGUUGAAAGUAAAAACACCAGGAGUGUCGCAUGGUCUAAAACUGAUUUUAGACGUCCAGCAAAGUGAUUAUUAUCAUAACGAUCGACAUUCCCCAUUGGCAGCAGGGUUUCAGCUCCAAGCCCUUGACAGUCAGACAAACAUCCCGCAAGUUAACGAAUAUGGGAUCGCCGUAGGACCUGGAACCAUGACUCUUAUUGGUCUAACAGUCCAUGAGACACACAACCUGCCCCCUCCCCAUGGGAAAUGUGGAUCAAAGAAGCUAAGGUAUUAUGACGUAUACAAGACUAGUCUAUGCCGAUUAGAAUGCCAGACCGCCUUCGUGAUCAAGGAAUGUAAUUGUCGAGCUCCUCAUAUGCCUGGCCCUGAGAGAGAAUGCAAUCCACUAGAGAUAGUUUGCAUGAACAAAGCAAUGGAAAAAUUCUAUACAAUGUCUAGUGCAACUGAAUGUUCUUGUCCCGUGCCAUGCGAUGUUGUGACGUAUGCCACCACCGUGUCACAAGCUAAAUUCCCUUCGGAAUUCUACAGUGAAUUUCUCGCUGAAUCGAUGUCAUCAAAGCUGAAUAAAUCUUUAGAUGCCGCCGAUAUCAGGAAUGAUUAUUGUUACAUCAACAUAUUCUUCAAUGAACUAAGCAGACAAAUACAAACUCAACAAGAGGCAUAUGUAUUCUGCAGUCUUCUCAGUGACAUUGGAGGCUCGCUUGGAAUGUGGAUAGGGGGUAGCGUACUAACUGUCUGUGAAAUAAUUGAUAUCAUUGGAUACUCUCUUCACAAAGGCAGACCUAAUUAAUGAUGACAAAAUUGACUUUUUGUAUUCAAGAGCAACGCAGCUGAAUGCCGAAUCUCUGAAAUAAUAUAUAUAUACAUUCAUAUCAUUCUAGUAUCAUUAUGAAAUUCUGAUAUUACUUUUCAUGCAAGUUCGUACAAUAAUUACUUCCAACCCCCAACGCUAUAACCAAGUUAGUAAUUUUGAUAAUUUCUUAAUAAAAAAUGGUUAUAGCCUAGAAUUGUUGUU